CGAAUGGCAACUUUUUUUAAUUAUUGGCAGUUAUGGUAGUAUUUAGUAAAAAAAACAGUUUUUUGGGUAUGUCGGCCGAGUGAAGGUCUCUGACAAACAAAGUCCAAAAAUAAUACAAAUUGUAUUAUAAACAGCGCGAAUUUUUGGUCCAAUAAUACGUAUAUAUGCUGUUUAUAUUUGGAGUUUAUUAUAAAAAACUGUAAACCGUUAACUCGUAUAAAUGUCUAGUGUAUAACCUCUCAAUAAGCAAUUAGCCUUUCUUAUUGUAAUAAAAUUCCUUAGCUCGCGAUAAAUGAAAGUGUUGUUUACAUUCCGUGAAGUGCAUGGUGUGCAGUUUGCGGCCGUUUUGGAUGCAAGUCGUAAAAAUAACGGGGCGAGUGUCCGCGAGUGAAAAUGCAGGGGCAAGAGUUUGUGUGUUCAAAAUGUGUGUAAAUCAGUGUAAUUUAAUUACAAGGUGUUAUUGUGGUGUUCUGUGCUGGAUGUCGCGGUAGGAUUGCCAUGUCCCGGCUGGUCGACUACUUCGUGAUUGUGGGAUUCGACCACGAGAAAGAAAGAGGCGGGCUGAGCAGUGGCGUCAUCCUACAACGCUUUCCUGAGAUCAACUGGGACGACACUCCUUUCCACGAAGGGAUAGAAUGGUUCUGCCAGCCACAAGGAUGGGCGCUGUCGACGGAGCGGUCGGAGCCGCGCUUCUACGUGUCCGUUCUGACGGACGUGGACGCGAACCGGCACUACUGCGCGUGCCUCUGCUUCAACGAGACCGUCGCCAUCACGCCCACCAAGCCUGCAGACGAGGACGAGGAGUCGUUGGAGCCGCGGCCGGUGGCCAACAUCACGCACCACAGCAUCAUGUACGCGCCCAAGUGCCUCGUCAUAGUGUCGCGACAGGACUACCUGGACACCUUUCGGAACUGCUUAGGCAUAAUCUACACAGUAUGGGUAGAGAACCUGGGCGUUCCACUGGAGACAUUGGUGGGCAACCUGCUGGGUUGUGUAUUAGUGCCUCCAGCGGGUGGUCCGCAGGUCCGCUUCAGCAUCGGCGCGGGCGACCGCCAGGCGUUGCAACCACCGGCCGCACCGCCGCUGCCAGUCACACAUACAUCCGUGCAUAUGCUACUGCGGUUAUUAGGCAUACACAACUCCGUAACCCUCUGGUGCGCCGUGAUGUCCGAGCACAAAGUCCUGCUAGUCUCCCUCGCCGCUGCCCGCCUAGCGGCCGCCUGUAGAGCCCUCGCCGCGCUCAUGUUCCCGUUCCGCUACGCGCACGUGUAUAUACCGCUGCUGCCGUCCGGCCUGGUGGAGGUGCUGGCGACGCCCACGCCCUUCCUUAUUGGAGUGCAUUCCAGUUUGAAGGAGGAGGUGUCGGAGUUGCUAGACGUGAUAGUAGCGGACCUGGACGUCGGUUCCCUCCACAUUCCCGCCGGCGUGAACAUCCCCCGGCCCGACGGGAAGCUCCUAUCGUCCCUCCAAGAAGACCUAGCAUUGGUCUUACAACCCGAGCUACGGUCUGCCGAUUCAGCAUUCGCGCCGCCACCCCCUGCGGCUUCACCGCCUCAUAUGCUAGAUAAGGAGAUCAGAGCCGUAUUUAUGCGGACGUUAGCGAAGUUGCUGCAGGGUUACAGGCACUGCCUCACAAUAAUCCGCAUCCACCCGUCGCCGGUGCUCACAUUCCACAAAGCGGGGUUCCUGGGCAGCCGCGGGCUGGCGCAGUGCCCGUUCGCCGUGCGGCUGCUCGACUCUAUGUUCUUCAACGGGCUGGUGGCCGAGCGCGGCCCGCCCUGGCGCCCUACUGAUAUAUGGGACGAGCUCGUGCAGAACCUACCAGAACAACUGAGGUUAGAAUCGCUGAAUCCGAACCUGGAGCUGCAACACAUACAAGACCUCGCGAUGCAACUGCAACUCAACGAGAACCCUAACCCGCAGACAUACCAGCAGCGAAUUCUUCGACCACCAGAAGGAGCCUCAGCCCGCAUCCACCAGCCUCCCCUGCCGACGUUGGACCCGGUGCGCGUCAAAGAGGUCAUCGACGAGGUCACCGCCAGGAACGCAGAGCAUCCCAAACUAACGGCACUGCGGGCUGUGGUGCCGCGCAUCGUGCCGCCCGCGGCGCCGCCGGUGGGCGCGGCCGAGGCCGGCCACGUGCUCGUUACCAACUCCGCGCGCCGCCUCGAGGUCCUGCGCGCCUGCAUAGCGGCGAUAUUCGAGUGCCGCUACGCGGACGCGCGCAAGUCGUUCCCCGCCGUGCUGCUCGCGCUACGCGCAUGCGCCGCGCGCGCCGCGCUCGUGCGCGACCUGGCGGCGCGCCUGCCCAGCAACAAGCACCUGCUGCACCACCACCAGUUCGAGCUACUGGUCAGACUGAUGAACUGCGCGCUUCAGUCCUCUUCAGCCUUGGACGAGCAUUCCAUGGCGGCGGCGAUGUUGCCGCUCGCGACCGCCUACUGCCGCAAGCUGUGCACCGGCGUCAUCCAAUAUGCCUACAUGUGUAUACAGGAGCACCAAGUGUGGACGAGCCAGCAGUUUUGGGAGGCGGCUUUCUAUCAGGACGUUCAGCGUGACAUCAAGGCUCUGUACCUCCCCAGCCCCGCGCACCACCAGAGGGCGCCUAGUCCGAGGGACGAAGAAGAAUACUCAUUGCUAAGGGCACAGGAACCCAGCGCGUUGGAAAUCGCCGCCGAACAGAUGAGGCUGUGGCCCUCACUACCUCCAGAAAAGCAGCGCGAAAUAAUAGCCAGCGAAGAACAAACGCUAUACAGCCAAGCCAUACACUACGCAAAUAGGAUGGUCUACCUACUAUUGCCACUAGAGGGCGCGGGGCGGCGCGCCGACGCAAGAGGAGACGACGCCGACAGAGCUAGCAAUAGCAUCACUAACAGUGUGGCGGAAUCGGAUAGCGCGGAUGCCGAGUCCGGUUUCGAGGAGGCCGACCCAGGCGAGGCCGGGAACAACGUCAUCAAGAUGGUCUCCAGAUUCGUAGACAAGGUGUGCACAGAAGGAGGGGUGACGGCAGACCACGUGCGGUGUCUCCAUCAAAUGAUCCCCGGUGUGGUGCACAUGCAUAUGGAGACUCUCGAUGCCGUGGCGAGGGAAAGCCGCCGCUUACCGCCUGUACAAAAGCCGCGGAUAGUGGCCCCUUGGCUGGUGCCGGGCGAGGCGGUAGCGGGCGCGGCGCUGCGCUGCUGCCUGGCGGCGGACGGCCGCGCGGCGCCGCUGCUGCCCGCCGAGGGCGCGCUCUUCCUCACCAACUACCGCCUGGUGUUCCGCGGCGCGCCGCUCGACCCCUUCGCAUGCGAACAAACAGUCGUGCGGUCGUUCCCUUUAUGCGCGCUGACGCGUGAGAAAGCUGUGCGCACGCACUACCUACCGCACUUGGAGCACUCGCCGCAGGAAGGCCUGCAGCUACGCUCUGCCACCUUCCAGCUCAUCAAGGUUGUACUAGAUGAGGAAGUGAGUUCGGAACAACUAGACGUAUUCCGCAAGGCGUUAGCGCGGCUGCGGCACCCGCAGCACGCGACGCACCACUUCGCGCUCGCGCCGCGCGCCAUGCCGCCCCCGCCCGGACCGGUGCCCAAGCACCACACACUCAAGGGCUUUGCAAAGAAAACUCUACUAAAGACGGCCCGACGGGCGGGCCUCAAGCCUAAACCGUCCAAGCGGCAGAAGUACGUGCUACCUUCUGCCUCUGCAAGGUCGCUGACCUCGCCGCCGCUCAUGUCGUCCUUGUCUGCUGAUACGCUCUCAUUGGAGGAGCUGGAGCUGGUCGGCGCGGAGGGCGCGGAGGUGCCGGCGGCGCGCACGCUGGAGCGCGUGCGCGAGCGGGCCUACGCGCGCGACUGGGCGCGGCUCGGCCUCGCCGCCAGCCCCUUCCGCCUCACGCACACCAACGCCGUCUACACGCUGUGCCGGAGUUACCCAGCAGUGUUCCCCGUACCUGAGGGCGUCGGCGACGAGUCCCUCCGAAGAGUCGCUCGAUGCUACCGACAAACUCGUCUGCCGUGUCUCACGUGGCGACAUCCGAGAACGCAUGCGUUACUAGCCAGAUCAGCGGCGCCGCACCACAAAGGCGUUAUGGGUAUGCUAAAAGGCAGCCACCAGACGCAAGGCGCCGCGCAAAGCGGCACUGAGACCACGUCUAGUUUAGAACAGGAACGAUACUUGGCAACGCUGGUAGCCUGCACGCCAGCGUCGCGGGGCGAGCUCGAAGAUUCAAGUCUCAGUUUAGAUUCGUUACUCCUCACGGAAGAGCCCACGCACACACCGCUGCUCAACAAGCCCGGUACCAUGGGAGCGGCCACACGAGGCUCCGGUGGUGCGGGCGGUGCGCGGCACUUCGGCCGCUGGGGCUCAUUGAAGAGCCGGCAGCCUUCCAGCCUCGAACUAUACCAACGGCAGCGCCUUUCCGCCGCCGAUGUCGAUUCGGUCUCGGGCGACGGCACGGGCGGUGUCCGCCGCGCGUCCCUUUACAUCGUGACAGAGAAGGGGCUGAGCAUAGCGACAGUCGGCGGCUGCGAGCCGGUGCCGGCCGAGUACCCCGACGGCCGCGCUGCGAGACACGCCUUCAAGAAGCUGCUGCGGGCAGCCGCGCCGUCUGCGCCUGCCGCACCCAACGAUCCUGGCUUCUACAGAUUGGUGGAAGAAUCAGGCUGGCUGUGGCAGCUUCGGCAGCUGUUCCAACUUGCUGGCUGCGUGGUGGAUCUACUGGAUCUGCAAGGUUCAUCUGUGCUGCUGUCGCUCGAGGACGGCUGGGACGUGGUGGCGCAGGUCUCAUCAUUGGCGCAAAUCUGCCUAGACCCCUACUAUCGCACGAUAGAAGGGUUCCGCACCCUCGUGGAGAAGGAGUGGCUAGCCCUUGGACACAAGUUCCAGCAGCGGCUCAACAUCGGGCCUACUCCUCAGCAGGGCUACACGCCCACCUUCCUCAUGUUCCUUGAUGCGGUCCACCAGCUCCAAAAGCAGUUCCCGCUAGCCUUCGAGUUCAACGACUACUACACCCGCCUCGUCGCGUACCACAGUACGUCGUGUCGGUUCAGAACAUUCCUACUAGACAACGAGGCCUCACGAGCUGAACUAGGGCUCGUUGACGAGCGCCGGCCGGACAUCGGCAAUCGACUGGGCGUGGAGACGGGCGUGACCGGUUCUGAAGAGGACGUGUACCGCGCACAGCACGGCCAAUCGUUGUUCGACUACAUCGACAAGCUGCACCAGAAAUCGCCUAAUCUGUAUAAUUUCUUAUACACGCCGGACCUUGACAACCCGGUUCUACGGCCGAUGUCGUCCGUAUGCAGCCUGGAGGUGUGGGAGUACUACACGCACGAGGAGCUAGCCCACGGCGCGCCGUACGAUCUCGAGGCGCAAUCGCCCGACGAAGAGCGGGAGCCGCGCGCUCGCCGCACCGUCACCGCCGGAUACGAUAGCAUACCUCGCGCCAUGCCGGCAUCGUUCACCGGACUGUUGGAACGGAUCCGUUCGCUAGAACUGGAGUUAGGGCACUUGCCGCAAAAAUGGCGCGUGCGCUGGGACCAGCUCGAGCUGCCUAAUACGCUCGAACUGCAGCGCAACUCGUCGCUGUCGUCGUCCGUGGUGCGGCGCUGCACGCUGCUGCUGCACAAGCGCGGCACGCUGGAGCUGCUGGUGCGGGGCCGGCUGGCGCGCGCGCCCGCGGCCGCGCCGCAGCACCGCUGGGGCGCCGCCGCGCACGCCGCGCCGCAGCGCUGCGACCACUGCGACCAUCUGCUGUGGGGACCCGUCAAGACGGGCGUCCGCUGCAUGGACUGCGGUGCAAGCUGCCACGAGCGCUGCGCGGACCAGCUGACCGCGCCCUGCACGCGGUACAAGGCGCCGCCGCCGCCCGAGCGGGAUAGAGAUCCAAGGGCCUCUGGGGGAAAUAGUGUAGGCACGCUGCAGUCAUCUUCGCAGCAGUACUACGAGCAGUUCUCGUCCAACGUGGCAGAAAACAGGACGCACGAGGGCCACUUGUACAAGCGGGGCGCGCUGCUCAAGGGCUGGAAGCAACGGUGGUUUGUGCUAGACUCCAUCAAACAUCAGCUUCGCUACUACGACGCGAUGGAGGACUCGCAUUGCAAAGGCUUCAUUGACUUAGCAGAGGUGAUCACGGUAAUGCAGGCCCCACCCGCACCCGGACCGCCUAAGAAAUGCGACGACCGCUCGUUCUUUGAUCUACGAACGAGCAGACGCACCUACAACUUCUGCGCGAGCGACGCCAACGCGGCGCAGGAGUGGAUCGAGAAACUGCAGGCGUGUCUGCAGUGAGCGAGUCACAAACUUCACGCUGUCCUCUUUCGUCGGGAGCGCCGUGAGCGAGAUGCUAAUAGUAUCAGGCUUUAGUAGGGCAUCUUACAAAAACAAGUAUGAUACAAAUGAUACAAUACUGUUUAUUGCACACCUCUAACAGUUUACAUUCAAACAGAGACUUUGACAAAGAAAAUAAAUUGUAAAUGUACAAUUUUUCUUUACUUGAUUCCAUGUUUCGGGAUUAGUUAUUUGGAAACGCAAGCAUUAUAUUUAUUUUUAAAUAUGAAUUCUUGUACUACGCACGCGCGCUAAAAACAAAAACCCAAAAAUGGAAUCAAAACUUGUUAUGGACGCCCUCUAGUAGUAGUAAAAGUAUUUCAAUAACUAAAUCGACAAAAAAAGUAUGACUAGUGAAAUAUACCCACAAAAGACUAAAAUGUUAAAAAAGUUACGCGAUCUCACGGUCCUCGCGCCAUCUAGCGUAGUUAUUGCGUAAACAGCUUCACUAUCGCUCUUGUUUUUUAAGAGAUAGAGUUGAAAAUCCGCUGAUGGUUUUUUAGAAGUGGUUUACUCAGUUAGGAUAAUUGUCGACAAAUAUAUAGUGUUGUUAUGUUGAAUUUGUAAAUAUUUUAUCUUUAAUUAUUGUUGUGUAAAGACUUUCGUUCCAUUAUGUGUAAUUCAGUUCGUAGCGCCUCUGUCGCACGCGUUUACUCGUUCGUGUCUUCAUUUGAGCGUUUUCAGUGUUGUAAUGUGUAUUUUACAUGCACAUUAGAAAUGUAUUUAAGCAUUUCUGGUGGCCCAUGAGGGGGCGCAGACUCAAAUGGUGACACGGCUUUAUUGUGACCGACGCAACGCGAGUUUAGUUCUAAAUAUAAAUUAUAUUUCUUAAUGGAA